AUGAGCUGCUUGACGUUGGUCGGCAGGCAUGCUCGAACGGGCCACGGCCACAUCGGCAAGGUCCAGCAGGCUUCCUACCAGGGCUUGGCUGAAAACCUUGCUGCGUUUUACGCCAAGGCUGGACGACGUGGUCUGGAGAGCACGAAUGCACCCUCAGUUCUUCUUCGGGGCCAGCCCAUGUCCCUGCGCCAUGCCAUCAAGCAACUGGUUCCGCCAGACAUGGUUGUGCAGAUGCGGACGGCCGUACCCUGGACGACUAUGGGGCUUCUUGUAACAGCACGCAGGAUAGGCUCCCAAUCCUGCAUCACAGCGACGAGGGGCGUAAGACUCCAGACAUGUGCCACAGGUACCUGUGUCGCUUGGCCCACAGUGCAGUAG